AAAACACCGUCUUAUAUUCGGGCCAAUACUGUAAGAUUUCGUGAAACUUUCGAGUUUAUUUCACAAUUCCAAAAGUACUUUGCUCUCGAAACGUUGGCCUUGUUGAAGUGUCUUCCUUAAAUUGCAGAUUCAGAAAACUUGAUUUCUUCAAAUGUGAUUGCUUUAUUGGCUGUGGCGUCUCUCAGCUUCAUGUUGGUAAUCGACAUAACGCACAACUACGUUUUGGCAGCGUAGGCAAGUGCCAGGUCCUGGGCGAUGCAUUUCCAUCAAACUUGGUCUUGACGAUGUCUUGACAAACGACAGAGUUGACAUUGGCCUUCAGAAGUCUGCUCGUGACACGGCAACCAAACCAUCACCAAAUGUGGAGCCUUCGCACUUGACUUGAAACGCCUUGGAGUUCGUGCUUCUCUACUCUUUGUCCAGACUCUUGCUCCGGAGCGAUGUCAGACACCAAAAUGUUAUUUAUUUCUUAAUUUCUUUUUGGAGGGGACAUCCAAGCCGUUUUCUCGAUUUAAAUGGUUGCUUGCUGCUCCAACUCCCAAGGGUCGGUUGAGGAUACUUUCAAUCCAAAGACAUCUGAGUCAUCCACCUCGCAUCCUCAACCGCUCUCCUGCCGUUGCUCAUAUAAAUAAAAGUGCCUUCGUGUUGUCCGCCGCUUUAGCUCCCUCUAGGGCUAAGAAUGGAAAGUCUGAGUGUACAGCAAGACUGUGGCGCUCUUGUUGGCUUAGUGGGGGAAGGGGGAGGAGAUGGAGGAGUGGUGGUGGGACGUUUGUGGGAGUGAGGGCUAUGCAGCUUGUACAUUUCCAGACUGGGAAAUCCAGUGGCGAGUACACAGGACGAGGCGCUCGAUCCCGUGAAGGUGAUGAGAAAACGGUCCGUUAAGAGUUGAAGGGCGCUGCGGAGAUGCCGAGAGGAAGCCGGUCCAGGAAAGGAGCCGUGGACUGACUUUGAUUGCGGUCUCAGCCAUGGGUUCAGAGGCCAUGGAGGAUUGUGUCCAGGGGGCGCUCUCGUCCCUUUACCCACCUUUUGAAAGUACUGCACCGCCUCUCCUCUCGCAGGUGUUCACCGUGCUGGAGUCCACCUACCAGCAGGACAGCCUUCGCUACCUCCUGGACUACUUUGUCCCUGCCAAGCACCUCCUUCACAAGCUCCAGCAACAUGCCUGUUCUCAGUACCUGGGCUGCCUCUUCCUCCACUCCGGCUGGCCACUGUGUCUUGGCAAUAAAGUGGUGGUCCAGCUCUCUACCCUGGACUGGAGGCUCCUGCGGAGCAAUGACUUCUAUCUGCAAGUGGUACCCUUCUCUACCCGCUGUCCCCGGUUGGCCCUCAAGUGUCUGGCCCCCGGUGGGCGCACUGUUCAGGAAAUCCUAGUGCCUGAGUCCCAGCAUCCCCUCGUGUUCACCAGCGAGUGGCUGCACAGCAUCAACAAAGAACGGGGCCACAGGAGGGAAGCAGGCGGUGGUCUGGACACCUGCUUGGUGAGCACCUGCGACGGUGUCCUGCGCCUUCCGUGGAAGGAGGUGGUCUACCCCGAAUUCAUCCACGACCCGUCUGAGGAAGCUCGCCCGCCUUCCAACCCCGACGGCUACAUGUCCAAGGGUCUAGCCGAGGAGCGGUCCAGGGACUCGUGGGGCUGGGCUGAGGAGGAGGAAGAGAAAGACAAGGCCUUGCUGCCGGACGGCUUGGCCUCGGAGCCUGCGCUUCCCCGGCGGAGGCGCAGCGAAGAUGGGCUCGGGCGGACUGCGAGAUAUCCUGAGCUGGAUGGAGACUAUGUGGAGCUGCUGGAGCCAAGAGGAGGACCGGACGGAGGUGUUGACUCGAGGCACAGAUACUUGGAGAUGCACGGGAUAUGCAAAACUAAGACUUUGCCACUUUGCAAGAGGGGGAAGGCCAUCAAACUGCGGAGGGGAAAGUUGGUGGGAGGUGGCCAAAUGGACAGCUUUGGUAGCGUUGGAGGGAUCUGUGGACCUAAAUCAAAUCUGACUGCCCCCAAGGACACUGUGCUCGUGCCUGGGCUUCCUUCGAGAGUCACACAAACAAGCACAGAAAGACAAUCCUUCCCAUAUCUUGCCGAGGGCAAUAACGGCGCUGAUAACGGCGUCGAUAGCGGAGGCGAUAUAACCGAGAGAGACACCGAGGGCCGAGGAAGCCACCCAUUUAAAGAGAGGCGGCCUGGCGUUGGGGGUGAGGGUGAGAUGAACAAGGUGACGCAGCCAAGGAGAGAAGAGUCUGAAAGCACUCGCCUCUCCAGAGAGCUCCCCGACACAAUCGGACAUGUCAUAGAGGGCUGCUCCGACCCGGGGUCCCAUUCAGACUCUGUAUUCGAGGACACGGACAAACCACAGAGUGGCGACAGUGAUUCUGCAACACCAACGUGGGAUGCACCAGACAAAACUUUUGCAGCCCUGGCUAGCAAUAGCACGAGGGAUAGCAAGAGCGCGGCAGAUAGCAAUAACGUGACAGCCAACCAAAUGAGAGAUGACGGCAAAAAGAAGAUUCAAGAGUGCACGAGAGGAAAAGAAGUCAAAGCUUGCGGCUUCAGACCUCCAAGGAGGAAGAGGAGGGGAAAGGGAGCCAAAGGGAAGGCUCGGCCCAGCGGUCGCGCUUUCCGCGGGGGCUCCAAAACGCACGGGAAAGCUCAUGCUCAUCUGAGCUCCACUUCCUGCUCUGGCUCAACGCGGCGGCCAAUCACAGAGGAGCUCUGUUCGGAACCGUCAUCCGAUGGCGAGUGCCUGUCGGAGAACGCCACAACCAGCAGCGCAGAGGCAGAAUCUUUGCCCGUCUGCAACGGCCUCUCGGCUGCCUUGACCACCACAAAUGAGGAGGUAGAGGCCGGUGAUUCGUGUAAAGAGGCUUCUUUGCUUCGGGAAUUAAACACAGAGCUCCUCUGGUCAGGACAACUACGGAUGCCGGGUACGGUGGACAGAUUGGGACGUGCUCUGGUCAUGGCCGAGAUAGGAGAUUCCGGCAGCGGUGAGGAGAUGGCGCGCAUCCUGGCCUGCUAUCACAGGAUCACGCGGUCUGCGGCCAAAGAGAAAGGUCUGACGGUGUUGAUUGACAGCAGAUGUUCGCCGCCGUCUUCGCUCUGCCUUUCCACACUCAGGUUAUUCCAGCGGCUGGUUCCUGGUGGUCUUGGAGCGGUUCUUUUUUUGGUGGAGAAUCAGCAGCCUUCUUGUGACCUGGAGGGAAUAGAGGUCCACAUGGUGCGAGGAACAGCUGUCCUUGAGCAGUUUGUAGACAGGCAACAGCUGCCCACAGAAAUGGGGGGCGAGUUCAGCCACUGCCACUCAGACUGGCUCUCCUUCAGACUGAGUUUAGAGAGUCUCACUGAGCGCUGCGAGAGCGCCCUCCACCUGCUGGGAGAGGCACUGCAGUCGAUGGACGCCGAGCCCACGGUUGACAAUAUCAAGGAGGUACCAGCGAGCACGGACAAGCACCGGCGCCUCAUGGCCAGCGUCCUCGCCGACUCCCGCUUGACUGAGCUCCAACGUGGGGGCGGGGCCUGGCUGGCGGGAUUGACCAACAGCGGGUUGGCGCAGACGUCACCAGAUUGCAGGGCCGCGCUCGCCACCGCCUCCAAACUUUACGACAGCGUGGACGACGCCCUCCAUCGGCUGGUGCGAGUAUCCAACCGGAGGGCUCGCAACCUGGACGCGCUGGGCCGACUGGCUGGCCUGGUGAACCAGUUGGAAAAGUGUGACGAGGAGAUAGAGCGAGUGCAGUCGCAGGUGCAUGGCUACAAGGACCCGCCUCUCUCGCUGAGCAGACUGUCGCUCCAGCAGCAGAAGUUCAAACAGUUGCGGGAAGCAGCAAACGAGCUGCACAGUCGAACUCUGUCUGUGCUGACCGACCUGGAGACUUGGAACGAGUUGGACUGGGUGGGCCUCAACGACAUCCAGAUCCAACUCCCUUCAUUCAAGGAGCGUCUACGGGACAUGUCCCACUGUCUGUCUGACCGAUGGACUGCAUUGGACAACACGCAGCGGCUGCUGUCCACACUGACCGAGGCUUCCCAGUGGUGUGACGAAGUCUCCUCCGCCUCCCCCGUUUGCCCCCUCGCCUCCCUCCCCCCCAUUCCGCCGUCCCGCUUCCAGGAUGCCCGCUCGUUGGCUGUGGACUUGGGCGGCGGAGCGCUGCUGGAUCUGUGGAGCCGCACGGUGGAGCGUUACCAGCAGACCGUAGCGCAGGUGAAGCCGCGCUUCCUCCAAUCUGAGCGUGGCCAGAACCAAGGCCAGGGGAAGGCCAAGACGCCCAUCGCCGGAAACCUGUGGGACGCGGAGGGAGAGGGCGACUGGGAGUCUGGGUCCAGAGGAAGUGAGGGGGGGCUGCAGUCUUGGGGCUCGCUGGCCUCGUUGUUCAGACCGCAGACUUGCUCCACGCUGAAGAUAGGAGACGAGAAGGGAUAUAAAAAAGAGGCUGCAGGGGGAGGAGGAAAAUUUCUGCAGAAUCUUUUGAAGAAGAGCCCCACAGAGGCGCAGCUCCCUGCCAAGCCCCCCAGGAAGAGACACCCUAGCUUUGACCUGCAGGCCCUCCUGGCCCCCCGCAGAGGUGCUGGCAGUCCCAAAGCCGCAGAGUGCCGUACCUCCCCCAAGUCCUGGCUGGGCCGCAGGGCCCUAGUGGACCCUGUGGUCACCACUGGUAUGGCUGCCGCCGUCCAAGGGGGAGGUGGGGUGUUGAUCAGGGGGGUGGAGGUCAGCAGCAAAGAGGUGGUGGACCACACAGGCUCUCCGCGGCAACACGUGCUUCUAGGCAGGACCGAGAGGGAGAUGGGGACGGAACGAACCGGAUCCACGGUCCAGAGCAAACUCUACCUGCUCUGGUGCAGGAUGCUGAGCAGCGAGCGACAGUAUGUGGCCGUUCUCAAGGGGGUGCAGGAGACUUACCUCUCCCUGCUGGAGCUCUCAGACACGCCAGAAUCCAUCCGGGGCAAGGCGGACAGCCUCUUUCCCUGCUGGGCCGACCUGACUGCCUUCCACUCACAAGAACUUCUGCCCGCCAUGGAGGAUGCGCUGGUGCAAAGCUUGCUGCAGCAGGACUGCUUCAGUAAAUUUCGGGACCACUUUCUGCAUUAUUCCCAUUACAUCCGCACCAAACCGGAACUGGAUUCACCUCUGGUCACGCAAGCUGCCGACUUCUUUAAAUCCAAGCUACCUGCCACCGCCGCCUCCCCCUUGUCGCCUCUGUGUUUCCCUCAGUGCCUGCAGGCACCCCCACAGAGGCUGGAGCAGUACUGCGAGGCCCUGGAGGAGCUGGGGGGCAUCAACCCGACCACUGACUUGACCCUCUCCAUCCUGAGACAUGCCCAGCAGCAUGGCGAGGACCUCAGGGCCAGCGAUCUCAUCGUCGGGUGUCCGAUUCCCGUGGCGGAGCGCGGCGAGCUGGUGCGCCAGGGCGAGCUGACGGUGUGCGGUGGCACCCGGCGGAAGCGUGUGGGUGUCAGGCGGGUCUUCCUCUACCAACACGCCAUCAUCUUCACCAAACAGAAAAGCGGAGGAGGAGGCGGCGGCGGCGGUAGUAGUGGACCGGGACGAUCGUCCUACAGCUACAAACACAGCAUGAAGACGGCCGACAUGGGCCUGACGCAAAGCGUGGGCGAGGACGGCGUCAAGUUCGAAGUUUGGAUACGACAGGCUCCUCGCCUCAAGGACUGCGUCACGCUGCAGGCUCGGGACGGAGAGCAGCGCAAGGCCUGGACUCGGGACGUGGCUCGCCUGCUGUGGACGAACGCCAUCAACAGCACAGAGUUGUGUCUGAAGGAGUCGCUGUGCGUGGGCGUGUCCAGCAAGCUCCUGCUGGACGCAAGUGGGAGUCAAACGUCAGAAUUGGAGAGAGUGCAUAGCAGCUGCUCUGACUCCUCGUCCGUCGGUAGUCACAAGGAAGGUGGGGGCUCCCCGGCGUCAGGGAGGGGCACCAGGAGGAGCUCUGCCAGCUGCUCUCAGGGUCAGUCACCCUCCACUGCCGUGUAGUUGUCACGGCAUCCCAAGUGAGUGGAGGUUCAUGGUCAGCAUUCCGCAAAUGGAGACAAACAGCUUUCGUUUCAUCCGAAAGCGAACAGCGACAUCUCCACAUGGAUUGGCCAAACAGCCGUAUCACAUCUGCAGCAGUCAAAAGCCACAAAAAGACAAAACCUGUCCACCAUCUUGGAUGCGCCAGUCUCAGCAGCAAGCAAAGUCGCUAACAAAGCGGCCAUUGUGCGCCAAUGAAGCGAGCGCUCGGCCCAAACGGCCGCCCGCGUCACAUGACCCGGCCUUCUGAUGGUAAACAGGAAGUGGCACGGAGCCUCGGGUAGCGCAUGAGACUUUGCAGGUGUCGCGGCUUCAUUUUUAAUAUCGUGCUCUGGUGCUCUGCCCACUUGAGGCGUCGUCGUCGUCAUCAACUUCAUCUCACCAAAGCAUCUCAAGGUCAUUUGCGUGUUGCUGCUCGGAUCUUUUUCCUCUUUCGGGUUGGGAUUCCUCACUCUUGUACCACAUUCCUUGACACUUUUCUUGGACAUUAAAACUGGAUGGACGUUAA